UGACAUUCACAGUUAUAUUAUUUUGUUUUGCUCUAUUCUACCAGUAAAAAACUGGAUUACAGAAGAAGCAAUCUACAAUGAGUGAUAGUGACAUUGAAGUAUUAAAAAAUCAACUUUCAAUAGCGAGAAAUGAAAUUAAAAAUCUAAGGCAACAAAUAAGCAAUCUUCAGCAUGUUCACCAGAAAGAUGUUCAAAACAUUCAAACCACCCUGGAAAAUUUCCAAUGCCGAUCCUGUCAACUGAACACCGGCAAGGGAUCGAAUGAAGAAAGUGCUGAAAACGGACAUGAUACGUCUACAUCAGAGGAUAUACCAUUCCGAGCUAUUGGAGUUAUCCGCACGGCAUUUUCAGAGAAACGAGCCGUCCCACGUCAGGCAAAUGUUGCAUCUAAGCUCAUAAGUCGUAUUGAGCUGAAUCCAACCGUUUUCAAUAACCCAAAGCACUCCGUAGAAGGUUUGGAUAACUUUUCCCACAUAUGGAUAAUCUACCACUUUCACCGCAACCAAGCCCACCUGAAAGCGAAAGUAGCACCCCCACGUCUAGGUGGCGAACGAGUAGGAGUCUUCAGCACCAGAUCGCCCCACCGUCCAUGUCCGAUCGGUUUAUCUCUGGUACAACUAGAGAGAAUUGAAAAUUCUACAAUAUAUUUCUAUGGCACGGAUAUGGUUGAUGAAACGCCCGUUUUAGAUAUUAAACCCUACAUACCUCAGUAUGAUGUUCCAGGGCAGAUCGAUGAGCAACAAUUCUACAACUCCAGAGAGGCACCAGAUGGAGAGGAAAACGUAGAACAAGCCACCGCUUCUUCUUCUAGAAAUAUUAAUCAAAAUGUUACCGUUCCAAACUGGAUAGCAAACGGAUCAACGUUGAAAGUGGCAUUUAACGAAAACUCCGAGCAACAAAUCAUGGAAUUGGGUGUAGACAAGAAAUCAAUCUCCGAUAUUUUGCAAGCAGAUCCACGAUCAGUUUACCUGCGAACAAAGUAUGGCUCUCAAAUCUACACGUUUCAACUGGGUGAUAAUACGGUCACAUGUAAAUUCGAUGACCUAAACUCUGUGGUUAACGUGCUGCACGUUCGAAAAGUUGUUAAUCUUAGCGAAGUUGAUGAUGACGAUGCAGAGAAUCGAAAUGUUGAAUAAAGAUGACAAUCAUAAAAUUUA